AUGGAGGUUCCAGGUAAACGGGACUGUGAAGUAUGCCUGCACAAUGAACCAGCUCUACGAGACAGGACAUGGAGGGACAUCAAAAACUAUGUGCACAACACAGUAAAAUCUAUAAAACGGAAGAAGGGCCUUACAAGAGUGGACCCCACAAAACAGACAAAGAAAGGAGCGGCAAAGAAAGAAAAAGAAACCAUAGAGGCUAAGAGUGCUAAGGACUGGGUUGGUGAAACAAUGACAGUACCUAAACAGGGUCAAGAGGAGGGACUUGAGGCAGGUCCUGUGGCAACACCAAGGAAACAGAAGACAUGGAGUAAUGAGGCUCAGGCUGCGGUGAGGCGGCAGCUAGGAGACUUCACUAAACUGAUGAAGAUUCCAGGUAAAAGGGAAUGUGACGCAUGUCUUGCAGCUGAACCAGCUCUACAAGGCAGGACAUGGAAAGAUGUAAAAAACUAUGUACAUAACACAUUAAAGACAAUGUGCAGGAGGCAUAGUUCAGGCAAACAAAACAUGGACCAUGAAAAAACAAGUCCAUGGACACAGAAUCCAGGGGUGCAACAGAAUCCAGGGGUGCAUCAGAAAUCAGGGGUGCUGUUGGGACUACCAGAAGAGCCUCCUGUUUAUCUGUCCUUAUGAUUACCUUGAACUAGAACCUCCCAGGGUUCAAGGUAAGCAAGGAUGGAGAAAAGGAUAGCUUUUGAUUUAAUCUGACCAUCCUUGCUCACUCUGAUCUCACUUUAUAACGUAAAGCAAGAAUGAAGUAGCAUUUUAAGGAUAUCACUACCUACUUUAUUCUACGAAGUAUCUGUAGCAACGACAUAGUGACAUAUUAUGCAUGAAAACUUGUUUAGUCGAUAAGGGAAUUUUCAGAACUUCUUUUGAACUGCAAAAUGUAAUUGGCAAAGUCCUUUGGCAAAGGCUACACAUUUGCAACCUUGGUGAGAGGAGGCAAGUAAAGAUGGACUCAUACUUGUUUAGUUUAUUAAACAAUUCCAAUGGUCCUUUAUGUAAAGCCUGUCAAACUGAAUCUUCUGGGUCAGCAACGGCAACAAGGCCUCAUGGACGCACAUUCGGAAUCCAAACGCACCCCAUAUUUCCGUAAGACCCAUGUUGCAUAAUAAUGCCCAAGAUAACUGACUGAAAUAUAUGCUCCGCAUGCAUAGAUAACAUGUACCAAGUACAGUGAAUGUUUAGUUUUUCUUCAUAGAUGAAAAAGUAGUGCAAACCUAGCCAGUUAAUCAGAUGACCAUACCUUUUUAAUCACAUUACUGUUAUACUUUACUUUCACCAAAUGGAUCUGGAUCCAGAUGUAUAAAAUAUUUUAUGUGUAGUCUUGCCUGUACCGUUGCAUGUGUAGCUAAUAUAUAUGUAUAUGUGUAGGUUAGGUUUUGAGUUAAAACAACUGACCAGCAAACCUGGGAAUUAAUCAGGUUAUUCCUGGUAGAAGUGUGAUAUGAAUGAGUUUCAGGGCUCCAGACUGCGUCCUUUUAGUCGCAUUUUGCAACCAUUUUGUCUAGGCUGUGCAAAAAAAAAAACAUGGUCGCAUCGGUGCGAGCUGCACCAAACCUUCCUAUUUUUUGUGGCAGCUAAAACCAUGAUUUGGUCAAACCGUAAAGAGCAUUAUCCUCAUGAUUCCUGUAAUGGAAACCUCUUCCCCUGUGCCUGUUUCGCUGGGGCCUGCUGAUGUGAUGAGCAAACGGCUCUCCUCUCUGGGAGAAAACGAUUUGUUCUGAUUGUAUAACCUUUCAAAAUGCAGUUGCGGUAUAAACACAGCAUUAGAAGUAACUACUGUUGUCCCUGUCGAAGAGAGGAGGGUCUCGGCGUUCUGUAGGCAUACUUUUUAUUUCUCAAUAUUGAGCUCAGGAGCAACUAUUUUACAAAAGCUUUUUGAUAUGGCUUUGCGAUACGGAGCGGUGCACGAAAUACACAUCGGUCGUUGCGCGGGCAUGUACAGUGCAUUCAAAGUAUUCAGACUUUUCCACAUUUUGUUACUUUACAGCCUUAUUCUAAAAUUGAUGAAAUAGUUUUUUUCCCUCAUGACUCUACACACAAUACCCCAUAAUGACAAAGCAAAAACUGUUUUUUAGAAAUUUUUGCAAAUGUAUAAAAAAACUAAAAAACGUUGUUUACAUAAGUAUUCAGACCCUUUGCUAUGAGACUCAAAAUUGAGCUCAGGUGCAUUCUGUUUCCGUUGAUCAUCCUUGAUGUUUCUACAACUUGAUUGGAGUCCACCUGUGGUAAAUUCAAUUGAUUGGACAUUAUUUGGAAAGGCACACACCUGUCUAUAUAAGGUCCCACAGUUGAGAGUACAUGUCAGAGCAAAAACCAAGCCAUGAGGUCGAAGGAAUUGUCGGUAGAGCUCCGAGACAGGAUUGUGUCGAGGCACAGAUCUGGGGAAGAGUACCAAAACAUUUUUGCAGCAUUGAAGGUCCCCAAGAACACAGUGGCUUCCAUCAUUCUUAAAUGGAAGAAGUUAGGAACCACAAAGACUCUUCCUAGAGCUGGCCGCCCAGCCAAACAGAGCAAUCGGGGGAGAAGGGCCUUGGUCAGGGAGGCAUGAACCCAAUGGUCACUGACAGAGCUCUGGAGUUCCUCUGUGGACAUGGGAGAGCCUUCCAGAAGUACAGGACAACCAUCUCUGUAGCACUCCACCAAUCAGGCCUUUAUAGUAGAGUGGUUAGACAGAAGCCACUCAGUAAAAUGCACCUGACAGCACGCUUGGAGUUUGCCAAAAGACACCUAAAUGACUCUCAGACCAUGAGAAACAAGAUUCUCUGGUCUGAUGAAACCAAGAUUGAAGUCUAUGGCCUGAAUGCCAAGCGUCACGUCUGGAGGAAACCUGGCACCAUCCCUACGGUGAAGCAUGGUGUCAGCAUCAUGCUGUGGGGAUGUUUUUCAGCGGCAGGGACUGGGAGACUAGUCAGGAUUGAGGGAAAGAUGAACGGAGAAAAGUACAGAGAGAUCCUUGAUGAAAACGUUCUCAGGACCUCAGACUGGGGUGAAGGUUCACCUUCCAACAGGACAACGACCCUAAACACACAGCCAAGACAACGCAGGAGUGGCAUCGGGACAAGUCUCUGAUGUCCUUGAGUGGCCCAGCCAGAGCUGGGACUUGAACCCGAUCUCUGGAGAGACCUGACAAUAGCUGUGCAGCGACGCUCCCCAUCCAACCUGACAGAGCUUGAGAGGAUCUGCAGAGAAGAAUGGGAGGAAACUCCCCAAAUACAGGUGUGCCAAGCUUGUAGAGUCAUACCCAAGAAGACUUGAGGCUGUAAUCGCUGCCAAAGGGGCUUCAACAAAGUACUGAGUAAAGGGUCUGAAUACUUAUGUAAAGGUGAUAUUUCAUUUUUUAGUUUUUAAUACAUUUGAUAACAUUUCUAACAACCUGUUUUUGCUUUGUCAUUAUGGGGUAUUGUGUGUGUAGAUUGAGGGGGGGGGGGGGGGGGGGGGGGGGGGGGGACUAUUUAAUCAAUUUUAGAAUAAGGCUGUAACGCAGCAAAAUGUGGAAAAAGUCAAGGGGUCUGAAUACUUUCCGAAUGCACUGUAGGUUAUUACAUUUACUGUUGGAUUAAUACAUGGAUACUAGCAGUGGUUAUAUUUAUUCAUGAGUUUGUGAUCUAAUGUGUUUUCACUUCCUCAGGUGUUGAAUUAUCCCCAACUUUAUGUUGUAGAUGUAGGCAAAUCCAUCUCUAUUGAACAAAAAAAUAACCAAAUAUUCUGAAGCCCUAUUUUGACAGUCAAAUAUAACAACAGUAUCCAUAUUGUAAUCCCAGAAUUCAUGACAAUCACAAGUAUUUCGCUACACCCGCAAUAACAUCUGCUAAAUAUGUGUAUGUGACCAAUACAAUUUGAUUAGGUUGCACAUCAAAAUAUCUUGAAUCAUGCAUUCCUGCUUGGACAUGUUAGAUGAAACAACGUAUAUCUUGAAUAGCAACUAGGGCUGACUUUAUAAAAUGAUUACAAAUGUGUUCUAUUGCGUGAGGCAGUUUUUGGGGGGUGAGACCAAAUCAUGGGCUGGUGGCACCAACUGAAAACGUUAGUGCCACCAAGGGGAAAUGUUAGUCUGGAGCCCUGGAUUUACGUACUACAUUUGUGCCCAGCUAUUGGUUAAGCUGCUUAAAAUCCACCAAAUACGUAACAAAUGUUUCUUUGGCUGUUCUAGAAUUACUAUCUUCAGAUGAAGACCCAGACCACCAGCUCCUUUUGAAAAUGUUUACAUGUUAUAAAUGGAUUAUAAAUACAUGGCACAUACACUAUCCACAUUCAAUUGCUUUUGAAGCAUGGUUGAGUUUAUUAUCAUGGAUAUUUUACUCAUGUCAUUAAUGUUAGUUAGCUAGUAUUCCUAGCUACUGGUAUGUAUCAGUAGUUUUUAGAUAUACUGAACAAAGAUAUAAACGCAACAUGUAACAAUCUUCUAGAUUUUUCAGAGUUAUAGUUCAUAAAAGGAAAUCAUUAUAUUGAAGUAAAUUCAUUAGGCCCUAAUCUAUGGAUUUCACAUGACUGGGAAUACAGAUCUGCAUCUGUUGGUCACAGAUUCCUUAAAGAAAAGUAGGGGCGUGGAUUAGAAAACCAGUCAGUAUCUCGUGUGACCAACCAUUUGCCUCAUGCAGUGCGACACAUCUCCUUCGCAUAGAGUUGAUCAGGCUGUUGAUUGUGGCCUGUGGAAUGUUGUCCCACUCCUCUUCAAUGGCUGUGUGAAGUUGCUGGAUAUUGGCGGGAACUGGAACACGCUGUCGUACACGUCAAUCCAGAGCAUCCCAAACAUGCUCAAUGGGUGACAUGUCUGAAUAUGCUGGCCAUGGAAGAACUGGGACAUUUUCAAGAAUUGUGUACAAAUCGUUGCGACAUGGGGCCGUGCAUUAUCAUGCUGAAACAUGAGUUGAUGGUGGCGGAUGAAUGGCACGACAAUGGGCCUCAGGAUCUCGUCACGGUAUCUCUGUGCAUGCCCAUUGUCGUGCCAUUCAUCCGCCGCCAUCACCUCAUGUUUCAGCAUGAUAACGCACAGCCCCAUGUCGCAAGGAUCUGUACACAAUUCCUGGAAGCUAAAAAUGUCCCAGUUCUUCCAUGGCCAGCAUAUUCAGACAUGUCAUCCAUGGCCAGCAUAUUCAGACAUGGAUCUCGUUACGGUGUCUCUGUGCAUUUAAAUUGCCGUCGAUACAAUGCACUUGUGUUCGUUGUCCGUAGCUUAUGCCUGCCCAUACAAUAACCCCACCAUCACCAUGGGGCACUCUGUUCACAACAUUGACAUCAGCAAACCGCUCACGCACACGAUGCCAUACACGUGGUCGCGGUUCUGAGGCCGGUUAGACAUACUGUCAAAUUCUCUAAAACAACGUUGGAGGCAGCUUAUGGUAGAUAAAUUUAACAUUUAAAUUCUCUGUCAGCAGCUCUGGUGGCCAUUCUUGCAGUCAGAAUGCCAAUUGCACGCUCCCUCAACUAGAAAUCUGUGGCAUUGUGUUGUGUGACAAAACUGCACAUUUGAGUUGCUUUUAUUGUCUCCAGCACAAGGUGCACCUGUGUAAUGAUCAUGCUGUUUAAUCAGCUUCUUGAUAUGCCACAUGUCAGGUGGGUGGAGUAUCUUUGCAAAGGACAAAACGUGCACUAACAUGGAUGUAAACAAAUUUGUGCACAAAAUUGUUUGAGAAAUAAGCUUUUUGUGCGUAUGGAAAAUUUCAGGGUUCUUUUAUUUCAACUCAUGAAACAUGAGACCAACACUUUACAUGUUGCGUUUAUAUUUUUUGCAAUGAUUGGGUUUUAUCAUUCAUUUCAAUCUUGCUUGUUUUUGUGGAUAUUUGCAUCUAGAUGUCAUUUAUUUUCUUUACUAAGCCAGAUUCCCCCAGCUGCAUGACCCAAUGAGCCAUCUCACUCCUGGCGAGUUGCUUUAUUCAAAAGGCACUGUUGAUUAGGCUUGUCAGGUGGUCAGCGUUUGCGCUUUAGGACCAUUGAAAGGUUCUGUAAGGGAAAAAUCUGUCCACCUAGUGCACCAGGCAAGGUCAGUGACCGAUCCUAGCAAAGGGCCCAUUUAUGGCUGCAUACCGGUUUUUCACCCUUCUCCCAAAGUGACUGGGAGUGUGCAAGUAAACACUUUUAAAGAAGUGUGGAGAAUCCGGAUGCAGCGUGAGUGAUGGCUGAUGGGUUUGGCAAGGAUAGGGGUGGACUUUUCAAUGGCCAUCCCUUUAUGUGUGGAGGCUCUAACAUGAUUCCUAAACCAAAGCCUUGUUUACGGUCACUAGUAACUUUACUGUAAUGUUCACUAAAGUUGGUUGACUUUUCAUCCUAUUUGAAGCAGUUUUUGGUUCUCCAAUCCACUGACUUGACCAAAAGUUACAAAAUGAUAAGUAACUGAAAUGUGCUUUGCGGAUUGGAAACAGUUCCUUCAUUCUGCAUGUGGAAUUGGUUUCAGAGAAUCACACAAACUAUUCCUCUUGUACUUCAGUAUUUCCUACAAAUUUUGAUGUGGAUUAUAAGGCUUUAGCUGUCCAUCUACUUGUUUUAUUACUAAUGUCAAAUUAUAAACCUUUCAACGUUUUAAAUUAAUGUUGCUAUUAUUCACUGCUGUCUUAACCAUAUUGAUUUCACAGCAGCCGUUUAAGUUCCUCAACACUAAUUUAAAAGGACUAACUUGUAUAGGGUUUGAUAGCUGUUGCUUCUCUUAUUUAAUCCACUUGACUACUAAUAUUAUAUAUUAUGAUAUAAUAUUAUUUCAUCCACUUGCUUACUAUUGAAAGUGCUUCUAAUUGGAUCAAGGUUCAAAGAAGAAUCAUGUAAAUAAUUGCUUAGUUUAUAGUUAUCAGUUCAUGUUAUAACUGCAACUGCUCUGUUAGGUGUUAACUGAGAAAAAUAAUCAGGGGUUUCAACCACACCCCACUUUACUGUCUAAAGACACUUACACUUUUUUUUUUUUUUCACCAACAUGUAUUUGUUAUCAAGCUGCCUUUCGUUACCCCCGGUGCUCAUUGUGUGUACUCUGAAAUACUAUAUUUGCUUGGUUAAUAAAUUGUUACUUGACGUAAACUUAUUAAGCUGCAAGAUUCAUAUUCAUAUAGCCUACUUGAUGUCUAUUAGUGUUCCAACGGAUUUAGAAUUGUACCAAUAACAUUUUAUGGAAAACCGCUUUGAUAUUUUAUUAUGUAAUGCUAGGAAUCUAUCAUCACCAUUGCUCAGUGCUUUAUGCUUUUACGAACUUUAAAACCCUUUUGGAUGAAGAGACGACACCCUAGGUAAGUCGAUAAGCUUAAAGUAGAAGUUAGCUUUUUUAUAACCAAAUCUCUUUUUGAUGUAAAUAGCAAGUUAUAGAAGGGUCCAGACACGUUUUACGAAUUAUUUUUGUUUUUGAGAAACUUCCUCCAACCAGCGAUUCACUUCCUCAUCCUCGUAAAAAAAAAAAAGUGUCUGGACCCUUCUAUAACAUGCCAUUUACGUCAAAGAUAGAGAUUUGGUUUAAAAAAACAUAAAAAAUAAAAGCUACAUUCUCCUUUAACUUUCAAAAAAGUGAACUCCCUUUUAAUUAUUUAAACAUUUACACAGAUACAUUUGGAUUGCUGCCCCCCUCCCCAUAGUAUUUGCUACCAGAGGCUUUGGUCCUGAGUAAUGAAGGAGUCUGUGUGUUGCCUCCCGCAGGACUCCAGUGGUAUGUCCCUGAGUAUGCUGGCAGCAGCAGGGGGACAGGAUGACAUCCUGAGGCUGCUGAUAAAGAAGGGGGUGAAGGGGAACGGACGGCAGAAGAACGGCACCACUGCCCUAAUGCACGCUGCAGAGAAGGUAACACAGGACAGACUGGUUUCAACCACCUUAUUACAAACAAAGUACACAUGUAUAAAUUCCCCUUGUUUGUAUGUUAAAUGUCUGUUAUGCUAUGUUUACUUACUAACUUAACCUCGUAUCCUUUAAUUUAUCAUUUCAGAACUUCCUGACCACAGUUGCUAUCCUCCUGGAGGCAGGGUCCUACGUCAACGCUCAAACACUGGGAGGAGAGACGGCCCUGAUGAAGGUACGGAGGAGGAGAACAAAUAAGGGGAAAAGGGGGGAGGUGAUGAAGAUAAAUGCUGUGUUUAAUUAGGACGCAACAUAUCACCCCUAAAGCACAGAGAUUAACCUUGUCAAUUACCCCUAUUUGUGAAUAGCCUCAUCUCUGCUGAAGUCCUGUGUGACAGAUGUAUUGCUAUAGUUCCUUAACAGUAGCCUUGGUUCUGUAGGCAUGUAAGAGGGGAAAUGCUGAUGUGGUGCGCCUCCUACUCGAGUAUGGAGCUGACUGCAACAUCCUGUCCAAACACAAGAAUACGGCCAUGCACUUUGCCAAGGUCAGCAACAACCUGCUGGUGUACGACCUCAUCGAGGACCACAUCAACAUGUGAGUGUUGCUGCCAUGUCACACACACACACUCUCUCUCACUCGCUCUCUGUAAACGUAUGAAUCGGUUUGUAUAAAUAAAGGUACAUACAGUGGGGGAAAAAAGUAUUUAGUCAGCCACCAAUUGUGCAAGUUCUCCCACUUAAAAAGACGAGAGAGGCCUGUAAUUUUCAUCAUAUGUACACGUCAACUAUGACAGACAAAAUAAGAGAGAAAAAAUCCAGAAAAUCACUUUGUAGGAUUUUUUAUGAAUUUAUUUGCAAAUUAUGGUGGAAAAUAAGUAUUUGGUCAAUAACAAAAGUUUCUCAAUACUUUGUUAUAUACCCUUUGUUGGCAAUGACACAGGUCAAACGUUUUUUGUAAGUCUUCACAAGGUUUUCACACACUGUUGCUGGUAUUUUGGCCCAUUCCUCCAUGCAGAUCUCCUCUAGAGCAGUGAUGUUUUGGGGCUGUCGCUGGGCAACACGGACUUUCAACUCCCUCCAAAGAUUUUCUAUGGGGUUGAGAUCUGGAGACUGGCUAGGCCACUCCAGGACCUUGAAAUGCUUAUUACGAAGCCACUCCUUCGUUGCCCGGGCGGUGUGUUUGGGAUCAUUGUCAUGCUGAAAGACCCAGCCACGUUUCAUCUUCAAUGCCCUUGCUGAUGGAAGCAGGUUUUCACUCAAAAUCUCACGAUACAUGGCCCCAUUCAUUCUUUCCUUUACACGGAUCAGUCGUCCUGGUCCCUUUGCAGAAAAACAGCCCCAAAGCAUGAUGUUUCCACCCCCAUGCUUCACAGUAGGUAUGGUGUUCUUUGGAUGCAACUCAGCAUUAUUUGUCCUCCAAACACGACGAGUUGAGUUUUUACCAAAAAGUUAUAUUUUGGUUUCAUCUGACCAUAUGACAUUCUCCCAAUCCUCUUCUGGAUCAUCCAAAUGCACUCUAGCAAACUUCAGACGGGCCUGGACAUGUACUGGCUUAAGCAGGGGGACACGUCUGCCACUGCAGGAUUUGAGUCCCUGGCGGCAUAGUGUGUUACUGAUGGUAGGCUUUGUUACUUUGGUCCCAGCUCUCUGCAGGUCAUUCACUAGGUCCCCCCGUGUGGUUCUGGGAUUUUUGCUCACCGUUCUUGUGAUCAUUUUGACCCCACGGUGUGAGAUCUUGCGUGGAGCCCCAGAUCGAGGGAGAUUAUCAGUGGUCUUGUAUAUCUUCCAUUUCCUAAUAAUUGCUCCCACAGUUGAUUUCUUCAAACCAAGCUGCUUACCUAUUGCAGAUUCAGUCUUCCCAGCCUGGUGCAGGUCUACAAUUUUGUUUCUGGUGUCCUUUGACAGCUCUUUGGUCUUGGCCAUAGUGGAGUUUGGAGUGUGACUGUUUGAGGUUGUGGACAGGUGACUUUUAUACUGAUAACAAGUUCAAACAGGUGCCAUUAAUACAGGUAACGAGUGGAGGACAGAGGAGCCUCUUAAAGAAUAAGUUACAGGUCUGUGAGAGCCAGAAAUCUUGCUUGUUUGUAGGUGACCAAAUACUUAUUUUCCACCAUCAUUUGCAAAUUAAUUAAUUAAAAAUCCUACAAUGUGAUUUUCUGGAUUAUUUUUUCUCAAUUUGUCUGUCAUAGUUGACAUGUACCUAUGAUGAAAAUUACAGGCCUCUCUCAUCUUUUUAAGUGGGAGAACUUGCACAAUUGGUGGCUGACUAAAUACUUUUUUUCCCCACUGUACAAGGUGCUGAUCAGCCUACGGAACCCUAACCAUGGCAGCAGUGAGGGGGCCAGCACUAAGAGUCACUGGGGCCUCAUCCAGGCUCCCCUCCACGUCAGAGACAUACCUCCGAUGGAAACACUGUGUGUGUGUGUCUGAGUGUCUAUGUCUCUGUUGUAACUGUUAAUGCAGUUAAGGUCUGACAAUGUUUUGGACACUUUUGGGUCUGUGUUGUGUGCCGUGUGUGUGUCCUUCCACAGGUGGUAGGAGAAACACUUGACCUGACUAUAUGAGAAUAGAAAGGUUCAGAACUUUUUUGAAGCAUCACAGCAAAGUGGAGAAAUACACUGCUCAAAAAAAUAAAGGGAACACUUAAACAACACAAUGUAACUCCAAGUCAAUCACACUUCUGUGAAAUCAAACUGUCCACUUAGGAAGCAACACUGAUUGACAAUACAUUUCACAUGCUGUUGUGCAAAUGGAAUAGACAACAGGUGGAAAUUAUAGGCAAUUAACAAGACACCCCCAAUAAAGAAGUGGUUCUGCAGGUGGUGACCACAGACCACUUCUCAGUUCCUAUGCUUCCUGGCUGAUGUUUUGGUCACUUUUGAAUGCUGGCGGUGCUUUCACUCUAGUGGUAGCAUGAGACGGAGUCUACAACCCACACAAGUGGCUCAGGUAGUGCAGCUCAUCCAGGAUGGCACAUCAAUGCGAGCUGUGGCAAGAAGGUUUGCUGUGUCUGUCAGCGUAGUGUCCAGAGCAUGGAGGCGCUACCAGGAGACAGGCCAGUACAUCAGGAGACGUGGAGGAGGCCGUAGGAGGGCAACAACCCAGCAGCAGGACCGCUACCUCCGCCUUUGUGCAAGGAGGAGCAGGAGGAGCACUGCCAGAGCCCUGCAAAAUGACCUCCAGCAGGCCACAAAUGUGCAUGUGUCUGCUCAAACGGUCAGAAACAGACUCCAUGAGGGUGGUAUGAGGGCCUGACAUCCACAGGUGGGGGUUGUGCUUACAGCCCAACACCGUGCAGGACGUUUGGCAUUUGCCAGAGAACACCAAGAUUGGCAAAUUCGCCACUGGCGCCCUGUGCUCUUCACAGAUGAAAGCAGGUUCACACUGAGCACGUGACAGAGUCUGGAGACGCUGUGGAGAACGUUCUGCUGCCUGCAACAUCCUCCAGCAUGACCGGUUUGGCGGUGGGUCAGUCAUGGUGUGGGGUGGCAUUUCUUUGGGGGGCCGCACAGCCCUCCAUGUGCUCGCCAGAGGUAGCCUGACUGCCAUUAGGUACCGAGAUGAGAUCCUCAGACCCCUUGUGAGACCAUAUGCUGGUGCGGUUGGCCCUGGGUUCCUCCUAAUGCAAGACAAUGCUAGACCUCAUGUGGCUGGAGUGUGUCAGCAGUUCCUGCAAGAGGAAGGCAUUGAUGCUAUGGACUGGCCCGCCCGUUCCCCAGACCUGAAUCCAAUUGAGCACAUCUGGGACAUCAUGUCUCGCUCCAUCCACCAACGCCACGUUGCACCACAGACUGUCCAGGAGUUGGCGGAUGCUUUAGUCCAGGUCUGGGAGGAGAUCCCUCAGGAGACCAUCCGCCACCUCAUCAGGAGCAUGCCCAGGCGUUGUAGGGAGGUCAUACAGGCACGUGGAGGCCACACACACUACUGAGCCUCAUUUUGACUUGUUUUAAGGACAUUACAUCAAAGUUGGAUCAGCCUGUAGUGUGGUUUUCCACUUUAAUUUUGAGGGUGACUCCAAAUCCAGACCUCCAUGGGUUGAUACAUUUGAUUUCCAUUGAUAAUUUUUGUGUGAUUUUGGUUGUCAGCACAUUCAACUAUGUAAAGAAAAAAGUAUUUAAUAAGAUUAUUUCAUUCAUUCAGAUCUAGGAUGUGUUGUUUAAGUGUUCCCUUUAUUUUUUUGAGCAGUGUAUAUGUCAGCUAGAAAUCCAAACUGGAUGGUCUUCAGAGAUAGAUGGGAGGGGUUGAGGGUAGCUGAAGGCUGGGACUAAAAACAAGCAAAAGAUAACUAAUGUAAAAUAUACUGCCUGUGAAAUGUAUGUAGUAUGUAUAAGCUGGAAGUGGAAGUAUUCUUGUCCAUUAGUUUACUCCAAUUAGGGGAGAGGUGGUAGGGUUAGCAGAAAAUAAUAAAGAAGGAAAAUAUAUUUAAUUAGUUUACUCAAAAAACAAAACCAACAAACAACAACAAUUGACCUGUACCAUCUGUAUGUGUCGAAAUACAAUAUGUGUGUGUGCGUUUAUACAUUUCUACUGCCUCUGUAGAAGCAUAAUUCAUGAGUCAUCCUAUAUCCUUUAGGGGAACAGGAACUAUUUGUCUGCAUGUUUACAUUCAUACCGUGCACGUAAUGUUCCCGAGUGGCGCAGUGCCACUAGAGAUCCUGGUUCGAAUCCAGGCUCUGUCGUAGCCGGCCGCGACCGGGAGACCCAUGGGGCGGCGCACAAAUGGCCGGCAGGGAUGUAGCUCAGUUGGUAGAGCACGGGGGGCCAGUAUGAAAAAUACAAAAAUAAUGUAUGCACUCUAGAUAAGAGUGUCUGCUAAAUGACUAAAAUGUAAAAUAAAGGAAACACCAACAUAGUGUCUUAAUAGGGCGUUGGUCCACCACAAGCCAGAACAGCAUCAAUGCACCUUGGCAUAGAUUCUACAAGUGUCUUAAACAGGUUUAGCCGGCAAUUGAUGGAUUUUGAAAAUAAAUUAGUGCAUGGAACUCAUAGCCUAUAGGCCAAUGCAGCAGUAGAACUAUAACUUCCAUUGCUCUUGCCCACCGAAGAAUAGUGAUUAUCGAGGGGAUUGUUGUAAAGAUUUUUCAAAUAGCUUACUGUGAGGAACUAUAGUUUUAAAAAAAAAACACUUUCCUACAUUUCCGCGCAGCAGGCUCCCUCAACAUUAUCAGGACAGAGAAACCAGACACAUGCUUAUUGCUCACAUGGAGUACUCCGAUCAAAAGACAAUGAAAACAUUUACAAAUCUCGUAAAUAAUGGUUAUGAAAUAAACAAAAACUUGUUUCUCACAAGUGUAGCAGGUCGUGAACUCUGCAAACAACAUUUCCACUCUGAGAAUGAGAACUGUAAAUUACAGAAAAUAAUGUAACCAAAUGACGGGGUUGACGGUACGUUUACUACUGGUGACAUAUGUAAUGGGGAAUUGAUUUAAAAAAUCUAAAAAAAAAAAUUAAAAGGGCAAACGAUUCACAAAAUUAAACGACGAAUGCGCAAGAAUUGGCGGGAGACGGUUGAGCCAUUCUGGAGAGAGACUGACCUAUAUCUUCACCACACACCCUUCCUCUUGUCUCAAAGGUUUAAUUAUACUCAAGACACAUCAUUACAUUACAUUUACAUUUUAGUCAUUUAGCAGACGCUCUUAUCCAGAGCGACUUACAGUUAGUGAGUGCAUACAUCAUUUUUAUAUGGCCCCCAUGGGAUCGAAUCCAAAUCUGGCUGCAACGCAGCUUACAUUUUAAACAAACCGCCAGUCAUUUCCUCCUACUGACAGAAGCAAUGAUCUCGACCUCUUUGCAACAUUUUGAUGCUUUUCUACUGAAGUAAUUUCAAUGAGUGCUAUCUAUUGCCGGGUUAUAGCAGGCCUAAUUAUGAUUAAAUUUUGGCAAUGUAUUUCAUUUCUUCCCUAUUGGCCUCGCUGCCAGUAUUUUGGUGUAUUUUUUCAUAACAACUUUCUUUUUUUUGUCUAAAGUACCAAAAGGCCACAUGCCACUCGGUCAUUGGUUGUAAUAACAUGUCCCAGGCACAGGUCCUUCAGAAAUGUCCCAUAAAAAGUCCCAAAUUGGGUUGAGAUGUGGUGACUGAGAUGGCCAUGGCAUAUGGUUUACGUAAUUUUCAUUGUUUCCACUUGUACCUUGUGGAGGGGACAAUAUAUAUGGACAUUUUUUUAUAUGUGACCCUAAGCAUUAUGGGAUGUUAAUUGCUUAAUUAACUCAGGAACCACACGUGGGUGUGUGUGUGUGUGUGUGUGGAAGCACCUGCUUUCAACAUAGUUUGUAUCCCUCAUUUACUCAAGUGUUUCUAUGAUUGUGGCAGUUACCUGUAUGUAACAGAGUUAAGAUCGUAUACCGUUUCCUCACAUACUGUUAGCAGCACAGUGACGCCGGUUACACAUACAUAUAAAAUAAAAUGUUCUUUCUCUCACAUUCUGUCCCUCACACACACACACUCAGGUUGUCGAAUGUGGCAGAGGACACUAUCCGGGUGUACUUUGAGACUCGGCUGGCCCUGCUGGAGCCAGUGUUCCCUCUGGCCUGUCACAGACUGUGUGAGGGACCAGACUUCUCCCUGGAGUUCGCCUACAAACUAUCGCCUCACACACCUGGAGAGGGUAGGAUACACGCACAAACAGUGCAAAUCCCCUCCACACUGUCUGGGGAGUGUUUAGGGAAAGCAUUUCAUCCCAACUAAAUCUCUGUGUCUCUCCCUCUCCUCCCUCUCUCUCUCCUUUCAGGCUCAGGCAUCCUGCUCUUCAUCUUCCAUGGUAACUUCCUGAGUGAGAUCACAGCCAGGCUGUGUGGGCCAUGCAGCGUCCACGCAGUGGUACUCAACGACAAGUUCCAGCUGCCUAUCUUCCUGGUGAGUCUCACUCUAGAUCAGGAAUACUCCAGGUCUGGAGUAUAGGGCUGGUUUUCUGUUCUACCUGGAAGGUGAUUGAGUCACUCACCUUUUCCUCUUUCAAUUACACCCCGCAGGAUAGUCACUUCAUCUACUCAUUCAGCCCAGUGCCAGGCAUCAACAAACUCUUCAUUCGCCUGGCAGAGUCACCUACAGCCAAGGUACACACACACACACACACACACACCAGCAGAGUAACCUAUGGCCAUGGUGAGAAGGGCUCUAGGCCUAGUUACUGUAAAAGACAUAGAUAAGUUGUUGAUCAAUUACGUUUGAUUAAUGGACUCUUUCUCUCUCCCCAGGUGAAGCUUCUCAUCUGUGCAUACCGUGUUCAGCUACAGUGA